CUGAAAGAAAACCAUCAGCCAUCGACACAUUAGCAGAAUGAGCGACAAUACUGUGUUGGCUCCUCCAACUUCAAACCAGGGUCCCACCACCCCACGCAAAGGGCCCCCCAAGUUCAAGCAGAGGCAGACUCGUCAGUUCAAGAGCAAGCCUCCUAAGAAAGGUGUGAAAGGGUUUGGAGAUGAUAUUCCAGGCAUGGAGGGACUAGGAACAGAUAUCACUGUGAUCUGUCCUUGGGAGGCAUUCAGCCACUUGGAGUUGCACGAGCUCGCUCAGUUUGGGAUCAUCUGAGCCACUGGAGGUUCUGCCGCUCUCAUUAGCAUCUGCUGCAACUUUGAUUACUUCUGCCCUAUGGAUCUGCCAGAAUUUUGACAUGCGGGUGUCGGAAGUGGUUUCACACAAACUCACUUCCUUUAAGUGACUACUAAGAGUUGUCUUAGUGCCAGACUCUCUCAUGCAGUAUAGUUUAACUCAGAAUAGUGGGUGAAAUCAACUUGCGAUGAGGCAUUUCCAACAUCACCCCUUUUUCCUAUCAGCUGGUUAGAAGUCAUCCAUAUUUCUCUCAAGUCCUUCAUAUUUGUUUUUGCUUAGGCACUCAUUACUUUUGGUAGAAGGCUUUUAAGAUAUCAUUUAUGUCCCUCCUCUCCCCUUUUCUUUAAUAAAGGAUAUAUUUACCUG